AGGGGCGGCCGCGCAGGCGCGGCGGGCCGGGCGGGACAUGGCGGGCCCCGCGUACCCCGGCUGGGUCACCCGCUGGGUCAGCGGGCAGUGGCGCCACAAGAAGCGGCCCCCGGUGAUCCGCCCGGUCCGCCCGCUGGCGCUCGCCGAUAAGGUGGCGAACCGCAGGGAGCAGGCGGGAGAGGCGACGUGCAUUACGGAGAUGUCAGUAAUGAUGGCCUGCUGGAAACAGAAUGACUUCAACGACGCCGCUUGUGCCGAGGAGAUCCGGGUGUUCUAUGACUGUGUGGCAAAGGCAGAAAAGCAACGCAGGAGUCAAAACGAGGACACCCUGUCAUCCAGGGAAAACUUACCUUCAAGCAAAGUGAACAAGCUCCUGAGGAGGUUUCCUCAGAUCAGACAUUAUACAUAAUGUGCUGUACUAAAGGGACUGUGGACAAGCAAUUAAAGUUGGAGUCUGGCAAAAAA